AUGCCUUCAAAUCCCGUUGAUCAAUACACAAAAUUGUUAUCACGAGAGCAGCAAGAAAAUGACAAAUACGUAGUGAUCGAUUCUAAAUGGUUUGAGCAUUGGAAGCGCUAUGUCGGAAUCGAUUCUCCACCUGAAAAGAAUGCGCCGCCGGGUCCGAUUAAUUUCACUAAUCUCAUCGAUCCACAAACAACUGAUCAUCCCGAUGGUGUUCAAUUGCGACCCGAUGCCGUCGAGGGUAAUGAUUACACCUUUAUUCCAUAUGAACUUUACCAAGAACUUGUACAACAGUAUACGAAAACCGGAACAGAAAUCGUUCGAAAAGUAAUUCCAUCAGGUGAUUUUCAAACAGUCAUUGAAGCCUAUCUUAUACCAUUACGCAUACGAAAAUCACGGCAAUCGACAACAACAACCAAGCAAAUCUAUCGCAGUCGUCGAACGAAACUGGAAGAUUUAAAGAACGACAUUUGUAGAAUACUGAACCUUACAUCCGAUUCCAAUUAUCGUUUGUAUACAUCUACUGAUGAAUAUGGUGACAAUUGGGAACCCAUCGACAUGCGCGCGAAUUCUGUUCUUGCCGAUGUUGAAUUACCUAAGAAUGCCAUUCUGACAUACGAACCUCUUGCAUUAUCACGCAAUAAUUUAUCACCCGUCCCUACCGGAACGUUUUAUACACCUGGACUCUGUGGUUUAUCAAACUUAGGUAAUACCUGUUUCAUGAACUCAGCCUUGCAAUGUAUAUCCAACGUACCAGCAUUAACUCAAUACUUUCUCUCUCGAGACUAUGUCAAUCAUAUCAAUCGAGAUAAUCCGCUAGGAAUGAAGGGAGACGUUGCUCAAGCAUAUGGUGAUUUAAUCAUGAAUAUGUGGUCAGGCAAAAUUAACUAUUACGCACCAAAAGCAUUGAAACAAAACGUUGCACGUUAUGCGCCACAAUUCAGUGGCUAUUCACAGCAAGAUUCACAGGAAUUUAUGUCGUUUUUACUCGAUGGUUUACAUGAGGAUUUGAAUUUGAUUAAACAAAAACCGUAUAUGGAAAAGAAAGAUGAUGAUGGUGUUGCCGAAGAUUCGAAACUAGCUGCCGAACAAUGGGAUUACUAUCGCAAACGAAAUCAAUCGAAAAUACACGACAUCUUUCAUGGGCAAAUCAAAUCAGUUGUUCAAUGUCUCGAAUGUAAAACAUUAGGACGAACAUUUGAUCCGAUUUGUUUUCUCAGUUUACCACUGCCAAAUAAGAAAAAGAUUCGCGUAUUCAAAAUUGAGUACGUUCGUUUAAAUGGACAAAUCAAAUAUUAUUACAUUAAAUCGAAUGAACGUGGACGUAUGCACAAUCUCUUAAAAGAUUUCUGCGAACGUUUUCAACCGAAACCGAAAAAUGACACACACGAACCAAUGGAUGCAGAAGAUGAGUCAACAUCCAAUGCAGCUAAUGCCAAUAAUCAAGAUGAUGAACAAGAAGAAGAUUUGACGUUAGCACCUGAUUAUGACGGACACCAACCUAAACCCGAAUUGAUCUUGCCCGUGGAAGUUUACAAUCAUCGUAUUCAUCUCCAAUAUAGUGAUGACGCGCUAUUAACGAAUAUUCUCGAACGUGAUCAAAUCGUUUUCUACGAAGUGCCAGUAUCAUUGAAAAAAGAAAAUAAUGAUACUAUUCUUAUGCCAUGUUUAUUUCGAACAGCCGAUAGUUUACAUCAAAAUUUUGGCUUACCAAUCUAUUUGAAUAUUCCAAGACAUAAAUGCACGGGAAAGCACAUUCAAGAUGCUCUACAGAAUUCAAUCGGUAGUUUCCUCCCACUGCCAGCUAAUAACUCAUCAGAGAAAUCACUUUACACGGCAUCAUGUGUUUUCAAUCAAAAUUACACUCAAACAACGAAACCAUUGGCAUCGUGUCUUGAUGAUCACAUUGAUUUCAAUCGUACAAAUACGACACUCGUUGUUGAUGUUUCACCAGCCGUGGUGGAAAAGUACGAACAAGAGGAAAAGAAACGUUUAGACAAAGAUCAUCUUCAGCCGACAUCAUCAACAAAUAACAGCGGCGUCCAAACACGUAGUCAACACAAACAAUCGACAACGUCAUUGUUGGAUUGUUUCAAAUACUUUACAACAAAAGAAACUUUGUCCGAUAAUGAUCAAUGGUACUGUCCAAAAUGUAAACAAUUGAAAAAUGCUUCGAAAAAGAUCGAUCUCUGGCUGUUACCUAAAGUUCUCAUUGUUCAAUUGAAACGCUUUAAUUACACGCGUCACUAUCGGGAUAAAAUUGAUCUAUUUAUCGAUUGUCCUAUCUAUGAUUUAGAUCUCUCACAAUUCGUUCUUAAUCCAGCUGAGAAAGCCAACGCAAAAUAUGAUCUGAUUGCGGUUAGUAAUCAUAUGGGUGGCUUAGGCGGCGGACACUACACAGCGCAUGCGAAGAAUGCUCAUGACCAAAAAUGGCAUACAUUCGAUGACUCAUGUGUGACAGAUAUCGAUGAAUCUAAUGUGAUUAGUAAAUCCGCUUAUGUACUGAUUUAUCAGCAGCAACAACAACAACAACAACAGCCAUCGUCAUCUUCGCAAUCGAAUCAACAACUAGCGAAAGAAUCACCACGAAAGGCCAGUGCACGAGCGGCGAAAACAUCUAGUUAA